AGAGAGACAUAUAUAGUGUAUGUGUAUAUAUGUGUAUGCAGGCACACAUACACACAUAUAUGUGUAUAUGUAUGUAGUAGUGGGAACAGAGAGUAGACAACCGCUAUGUCUAGAGAAGCUGGUAUAUACAAAACAGCAAAGGAGAGGGGGAGAGGUUGUCAGGUUGCAGAGACAAACUAGGGCCAGGUUAGGGAGAGCCUUACAGGCCCUGCUAAGCAAUCUGUACUUUACUCUUUAGGUUUUCCAGAGGAGCACUUAAGUAGGGGAAGCAAUGCAUAUAUUGAAAGCUUCAUUUUAUAUCUUUGUGCAUAUGUUCACAUCUUUACUAAAAUAAAUAAUGCAUACUGCCAGAAGCUCCACUUGAACUUUUUUUCAUGAACUUAGGUUUUCUAGGGCAACUAGAAGCUUCCUUGCAAUCUGAGACCUUUGGUAAAUUAGCCAGAAUUGCUUAAUUCCGUUUGGGGUGUGGAAUGAAAGUCCAGCGUCCUGAGCUCACAUUGGGUCAAUUCUCCCUUUGCAUGAAAAAUUUCUGCUCUCAACUCUCGAUGUGAUUAGCCAUCUGGAGAGUGUUCCUUGUCCUCCAUCCCUACAGAGUACAAAACCUGACCUUCAGCAUAUGCAGAUACUGUAGUAUCUUAAGUGAGCUAGCUGUAAGAAAUUUCAUGUCUUGUCAUGGGGAGAAAAAGCAGUGAAAAAGAGACAAGAGAAACUGGUGCUGUUAUGUUUUAGAGAUUUUAUCAAUUGGCAUUAUUACUUAGUGGCUAAUAUGUUAUAUUUAUAAGUAUAUAAAUUAUUAAUGUUAUUUUUGAUGAUUUCUUAGCAAAUUAAAGGUGCAUAUUUUUCUUUUUUUUUCCUGAGGAAAUUGUACAGUGGUGCAGAAAAAACAAUGGACUAGAAGGAGAGAUCUGGGAUGUAAUGGUCAUUGUGGUGCUAAUAACUGGUGAAUUUGGGGCACCUGAAUUCCCUCCUUUGGGUUAGACUUUCCUCCCCUGAAAAAUCAGGGUUUUUAAUUGAACUCUAAGGUCUCUUUCAGAUCUGAGAUUCCAUCACAAAGUGAUUUGAAAAUUAUGAGUAUUUACAUAGGCAUGUUGAGCACAGGAGGUAGGAAGGUGGCCUCUGGGCCCAGACUGUUCCUUCUGGCCUAUAUGGGCUGUGUGAUUCUGGGUAAAGUCAAGGCAUUUAACCUUUAGGUAAUCUAGGCAAUUCUCUAAGUCCAUAAAUUGUAAGACAAUGCCAACCUGAAUUAGCAAAGGAAGUUUCCUUGUCCCAGAGGAGUGGAUAUCAGUGAAAUCACAGGUGCAGGAUCUGAUCCCCCACAUAAAUUCUCCUAAUUCCAAAUAAUUUUGACCAUGAAUAUGUGAUGUUUAUGCUUAAAUAUUUUUUUAAAAAAAUUUGUAUUCUUUUUGAUAUGGCAUUCUCUCCAGUAAUGCGGAUCUCAACCCAUUCUGAAUUCUCAUCCAUGUGUUUUUGUAUCAUAUCAUCUCUUCUCUUUAACAUCACAAACAAACAAACAAAAAACCUAUUCAUAAAAACAAGAGUGCUUUCUAGGACCUUUUAACCUUUUGUAGGAAAUUAGAAUAAUUUUCUGGUUAUCCAUAUGGGGAAGAAUACAAUGGGAUCAUCAAUUUCUUUUUUCUAGAUAUUAUACUUUUCUUAAAGAAGCCUGAGGUUGCCUAGGUCUGGUUCUGACUGCUAUUUUUCACUGAUGGCUCACAUUGAGUUUACAGUAAGUGAAGAUCUCUGAGAUUCGUUUUUGCAUAUGUACUGCUAUCCAGCCACAUCUGUCAUAUCUUAAACUUGUGAAGUUCACUUUUAAAAAGUCAUCUAGGUUUUAUCCAAGUCACAUUAAGCCUUAUAAAUCCAGAGGUAGAUCCAUGAAUCUUGGUACUAAAGCUUUUCUAAUAAGUUUUCAUCGAACCAUUAACAAUUUCUCUAUGAUUAUGGCUAUUUAAUGUGUUCCAAAGUCAUACAAAUAUACUGUCUUCUUCCCCAUGUCUCUCCACUUUAGUACGAGAGACUUUAUAACAUGCUUUGCUAAACAGAUAAACUAGAAUUAUAGAAUUUCCCUAACUUGCUACUCUUAGAAUUCUUUCUAUAAGUUUAAUGUAUUGAUUACAAUAUAAAUCCUCUUUCUCCCCAAAUCAAAUUUUAUACACAACUUCUUGUAUAGAGUACAAUCCCAGUUAAGGAACAGAAUUGGGGAUGUUCAGCCUGAGGAAUAGAAUGUUCAGGGGAUAUUUGAAGAGCUGAGAAUACAGGACAAGAAUAUGAUCUAUCAUGAUACAUCAGAAGUUGUAUGCAAUGUCUGGAGUUUUCCUGACAAGAUACCUUGCUACAGGUGUCUCCAGGUGCCUGAUGAUUAAGUAUUAUGAGACAAGCUCAAAGUUUGCCUCUAUAGUUUAGACUGUAAACAUAUGAGUAAUGAUAUUGUUGAAAAAAGUUAAGGAGCCUAAUUUUCUCAGGCAGAGUUGGAGACUCAGUGAAGAUAUGCCUUGAUCUAUCUUGCCCCAAAAGAUAAAUAGUCAGAAAUAAGUCUAGUGUUGGGGCAAAGAUGUGUUGUAGAGGAAAACAUCCAAAAUAAAGUAGGAAACAAAGACAGAGAUGAGGAAAACCACUUUAUAUUAAUCUAUUAAAAUAUUUCCCCAGGUGAAUCGAUUCCUAUUUAAUUCUUAAUCUCAUAUUUUGUUCAAUGUAUACACAUUUCUGUUUUCAAAGACAUCUUUUCAGGGAUGCAGCAGCCCACGUGCUCAGAUGACAUAAUUGAACCAGAGCAAUUGAAGAAAUGCCAAAUUAGCAAAGAAGUGGACGCUAGAAAUAUUAGACAAUAUCAGAAAUGCCAAAAUGUGUAUUCAUUGAAAUUGUAUUCUUCAUAGUUUAUCCUUCUAUUAUACUUUGAGUGCCUUUUUAAAUUGAAAUUAUGUCCCACAAUUCUCCAUUCCCACUCUGUCUUCCUUUAGCAGUGAGCCUAGUGGUCCUUAACCAGUAAGCAGUAAAUGAUGUUCAAUUCUUUGCUGUUGGUGACAUGACUGUUUCUUUAUUUUUUUUGUUAUUACAUAUUUAUUGUUUUGUCACAUUCGUUUCCUGAAUUUAUCCCUUCCUUUUCCCUAACUCAGCAAGACACCUCUUAAAACAAAGAAUUUAAAAUGAAAGCAUGUGUGUGUAUAUGUAGACACACACAGAGCUUAGCAAAACCAGACUACACAAAACCAUGACUGACAAUAUAUGAAUUAUUAUCACACCAAUAAUCCCCCACCUACAUAAUAAAGACAUAAUAGUUCAUCAAACUAGAGCUGGAAAAGACCUCAGAUAUAAUUGGGUCUAAUCUCUCAUUUUUAACAUUAGAAAAUUGAGCCCCAGAGAGGUCAUCACUUGGCCAGGGUCACCCAUGUAGUAAACAUCAGAGAUAGAAGCAUUUUCUCAUCUCACCAUUGUUCUUUCCCCUUUCAUAGUCACGCUCAUUGUUUAUAUUAUUGUUGUUUUUCCCUUAUUCUUCUUGCCUCAUUCUGCAUCAGUUCAUAUAAAUAACUUCCUGGUUAUUUUCUAAGUUUCUAUUUGUCAUUUUGGGGGGUGAUUUAAUAAUAUCUCAUGACAUUUAUGUGCAAUGUCUGUAGCCAUUCCUCAGUUGAGGAGCACCUACUUUUUUCUAACUCAUUACAACUACAAAAUGUACUGUAAUUAGUGUUUUGGUAUGUGUGUAACCAUGUAUUGUUUAUAUAUAGACAAGGAGGACAUGACUUGAUCAAUGAUGUCUUUGAUCCAUGUAUUUGACAAACAUUGUAUAAACCCUUUCUGUUUGCAAUUCAUUGUAUGCCAAGUUCCAAGGGAGAGAAAAAAGAUAAAUAAAAGAGAGGGCUUCUGGAUUUAUGUAGCUUACAACCUCAGCAGGAAAGGGGGGUGGCAGAAUCACAAAACUUGAGAAUCGGAAAUGACCUCACUUAGUCCAAAUCGUACAUGAAUGGAAUCCUUACUUUAACAAAAUUUAUCAAGUCUCAUAAUGUAAUAGAAAGACAAGAAGAGAAAUUGAUCUUUUCUGGUUGUAAUUGGGAAGAUUCAUGAGGGAAAUGCUAUUAGAGCUGGGUUUUGAAAGCUGGGUGGGAUGCUGGAGAAUGGAUGUGGGUGGUGACCACAGGUGAGAAGGCAGAAGUAUUCAGGACCCAUUUGAGGACAGCAAGCAAUGUGGUUUGGGUGCAGUGAAGAAUAUAAAUGGGUAAGUCGUGUAAUUCUGCAUGUUGAUUUUUAUAUGAAAAUUUCCACCUUUCAGAAUGAUGUUCUAAGCCAUUUAUAGAUACCCAGAUCCCAAACUGACAGCUGAGGCCAACCCUGGGCAGGUUUGUCGGGUAGAUGUAAUGCUGUUUAUGUCGUACUCUGUUCCCCUGGCAUAUCCAUUGACUUUCUCUUGAGCUCUUCUCCUGAGCCUUCCCCAACUUAAAAAGAGAAGAGAGAUGAGACUCCCAACCCUGACAUUAACAGAACAAUAGGUGAUCAUUUAGAUUCCCAUCCCUGCUUUCAGCUUUCUAUCCUUGAGUCCCCACUCCAUGUGGAAUCAGGGACCCAGGUUCUAAAUUUGGCUCUGUGACUUUGGGCAACUCGCUUCUCUGGCCUCAUUUGCCUCAUCCAAGGCUCUUUCUCAGUCUAGAAAUUUAUAUUUGACAUUUUCUUCUAGAUCUAACAUUCUAUGGUCUGAUUCUAAAUGUAGCAACUGGUUCCCUGAAAAUUGAGAACAUUGGCUGUGGAUCCUCUUGCCUUUUUUCUGACAUUUGAUGUUGUGUGUAAUCAUUUAUUCAAAUCAUAGCUCAAACUCCUUUUCUGUACAAUAUUAUCUAUUACCAGACCAUGUAAGGGCCACCGAUGCAAUAACAAAAACCCAUUAGGGCUUAAAAGUAAUGUGAAUAAAAAUGGAAUGCAUUAGUAGAGUCAUUUCCAUUACACCCACACAAGUAGAUGAAAGUUCUUCUGGGCUCUAGGAAGAUGAUAAUAUAAGCCCCAAAUGCUCUCAGAUAACCCUUCAAGCUUCUAGGACUUUAACUAGUAAAGUUUUGUGUUAUCUGCUUCCUGGAAUUCUGUGGGAAGAAUUCUUGAAGGAAGAAUGGGUCUGCUGACCUCAUAUGGUAUCAGAGUUUAUGAAAUCCUCUCAAUUUGUCCCCAUCAUGAUUUUUAUGAUAUUCUAGGGAUCAGGGACACUAUGAGUGUACUGUUGCAUGGCCUCCAUCUUCUAUAUUCUAAUUGCAGCUGCAACCAGAAUAUUGCAUGUCUAUUUCUAUUUUCCAGCACUUUAGCAGCCUCACUUUUUAUUUUUGCCUCCUUUUGAUGCACCUUAACUUUUCCUGGCCCCUUUCUAAGUUCAAAUUAUAAGAGACAAAUCUUAAAUUAGACACGACAUGACAUUCUGCCUUUCUGGAGAUUCUUUCAGUGAAUCACAUCUUCUUUUCCUUGUUAUUUUGGGAAUUUGAAGAUAUACUAGAGAGGAUCUAUUAUAAGUAACCUCUUUCUCUGUUCUCUGUGGAUCCCAUUUUUCUCACCUAUAAAACCCAGGGGUUAAACUAAGAGCCACUAGGAUUCCUUCUUGCUCUAAAUCUCUAACUCUGUGAUCAAUAGGAAAGAGGUCAUAAGAGGUAGAACAACAAUCUAUGGUAUUUUGGGAAUAGCUACCGAGCCCCAUGUUUCCCAAAUCUUUUCAAAUAGGAAGUGGCUAUUUGUUCCACCCAAAGGGGAGCCUUGAUCUAAGGAAUUAAGAUAUCUUAAUAAAAGGCCUUUUUGCUCUGAUUUCAUCAGAAGAAAAAUUAUGAGAUUUUCCCCCUAAAGACCCAACUUCAUUUAGUAGUAGAAAUUAGUGCCCAAGUCACUGAACCACAUGGACACUCAACUUCUCUGCCUAUAAAAUGGGGAUAAUAAUUACACUAACAGCCUCAUGGGAGGAUGCUCACUCUCAGUUGAAAAAAUAUUUGUCAUGAAAAACCAAGGGCAGCAUGCUUCUAACUUCUAAUCCCUACAAGCUUGAAUGGCUUCCCUUUAACUCCUCCCUGUCCAUGCUUUGAAACAAAAUCAAAGUAUCUUACCUCUUGCCUCUCAGGGGCAGCACGGUUAAGUUUUGAUUCUCUCUAGCUCUGUCUAUAGUUCAAUUGAACCACUUAAUUCUCCAUGAAUUCAUUAGACAUUCACAAUGUGCCAGAAGCUGGGAAUACAAACUCAAAAGGGAAGUGAAGGGAUGCCAUUCUCAUUGGGGAUGAACUUCUUAAAACAUAUCUUGGAGAAUGUGGAGAACUUACUGGUUUCAGCAGAGAAGGAAGUCCUAGAACUUAGAGGCAUUGUGGUAUAUUGGAAAGUGCACAUGAUUUUGCAAUCAGUCACUUCCUGUCAGUCUCAGUUUCUUCAUCUAUAAAAUGGGACUAAUAUACCUACCUCAAAGGGCUUGUGAGGACAGUCCCUUGUAAUACUUAAGGGCCAUUUAUAAAUCCAAAGUCUGAUUUUCUUGUUACAAAGUAUAAUGAAUUCAUGCUAUGAAUGGGCUUUGUCAUUUGUAUUGCAAACAACAAAAUUCUACAUAACUAUGGGAUAUUAUUGUUCUCUGUUGAGAGAUGAAAAAAAACCACAUCUUAUAAACUAAGAAUGUUAGCUUCCCCCCUUCUGUAUCUACUAGGCCAUUUGGUUUGUAAUCUAGAGGGUUAUUCCUUCUGCCUGUUGUUUUUAGUGACUUUUGCUGUAAACUAUUGGGCUGUAAAAGGAGAGGCCUUCAUUCAUAUUUUAUGGCUUUUGCUCAAUGAAACGUAAGUUCACUCAUAAAUAUUCAACAUGCUAUUUCAGUCAACAAAGAGUCAACUAAGAACUAAGAGUUUGGAGGAGAUACCAAGCACUCUUUAAGAGAAACAAAUUUGUUGGCAAUUUCCUGGAUAUUGCUCCGAGUUUGGACCUAAGAAUUAUUUCUGGGAUGGAUGCUUCAGCACAUGGAGGGAAGGAAAGAAAGUUCUGUUAUCAUGUCAAAGCGCCAACUGAAGACAAAUUUGACACUAUGAAUCUUAAUGUUAAAAUCGACACUUCCUGGGUCUUCCAGGAUGCAGAGGAUACCGAUAAUGCACACAGUGGUCUUUCUGAAGGAGCAAAGAGCAGUGAAGAAGAUGCUGGAAGUCUUAAAAAACAACUGGAAACGUCGGAACAAAAGUUGAGAACAGCUGUCGAGAAGCAUGUGAGAUCAGAGUCUCGGCUUAGAAAUAGGAUUGAAGAGUUGGAGCUUUCAGAGCAGAAGCUUCUUCAAAGGGUCAGUCAUCUGAAUGCCCAAGUGUACCAGGAAGAAAAUGCCUAUCUUCAAGCCAAAGAGAAACUCGAGGAGAUUCAGGAAGAGCUGACAGAUCUGGUAGAAGAGACUGAAAGAGCUCGGCGGGCCCAAAGAGAAAAACUCCAGCAGUUUCAGGAGCAGUUGCACAGGAAAGAUGAGGAAGUGCAGAACCUGCUUGCAUCCUUUGAGCAUUAUAAGCAGAACCAAAGGCAGCAAAUGGCCAUGGUGAGAGAGCAGGAAGGCUUCCUCAAAGGUCAGGUGCUCCGGCUGGAGGAGGAAGCCCAACGGCUCCGGGAGGCCACAGUUUCCCUGAUGACCGAGCUUGAGGCAGGGGGGAGCCAAGACUGGGAUGCCCAGUCAGAACUCCCAUUGGAGAAGUGCCGAGUUGAGCCUUGGUACAUUGGGGAAGAUCUGACCGAACUCUGGGCUUUCUUAGAAGCAGGUGAGUGCCAGGCUCGGAGACAACUGGCUGCUCUGCAGCAAAGCCUAAUGGCCCUUCUUGCUAAAGAGGAGAGCAACAACCAAGAGAAGGAGAAAAUCCUGCGUCAGCUCCAGGAGCAUCGGGACACGGUGCUCCACCUCGUCAUGAACAAGCUGGAGGAUUUCCAAGGUCUAGGGCCAGAGUGGCCAAAGGAAGAGCCAGCUGAUGGCCUGCAAGCUGAGCUGGGAGCCGAGGCAAUAAGUGAGAGCAGACCUGGCACACCGCCCAAGAAGGGUGCCUAUGUGAGCAAGCCCUCAUUUGUUCAGGAUGAAUUACUACCCCUCAAGUGGGAGGCGGCUCUCAAUCCCAAUAGAAACAAAGCCUGUCAGACAUCAUUUGUCAUUGAAACUGCUGAGGGACCCGGUCCUGUUGCAGGGCUGCCAGAGGAGCAAGAUUGCAAUUGGGGCUCAUUUGGAGGCAUGAAAGGAUCAGCAGCUUUAAUGCCCACUGGGGACAACCUGGAUGAACUGCUUGAGGAAGUCAGAAUAUCGGACAGCGAACAGGAUUGUUUGGGUGUGACCUCAGAUCCACAGACAGUCCUUUUCCUUUUUUGUGGACCUUCCUCAGGGCAGUUUAAUGAUGACCAUCUAUUCCCUUUUAAUCAACUCAGUUUUUCAAGAGCAACCCCAGAACCACAAAACAAAGAGUCAUUUUCUUUGUCGGAGAAGUCCGUGAUUCCUUUGUUAAUGCCCAUGGUUGUCCCACCUGUUGCUGGAAGUCUUACUGUUCUAGAAGAUUCUUUCCCAGAAGAACUUCCUCAGAGUUAUAUGACUCCUGGGACUCAGGUUCCCCAAGUACCCAAAGAGCCCAAAUGGAGACCUGAUGAGAUCCAGAGCAGUAUGAAUAACCCUCAACCCCUUUUCAAAAAGGGUAUUUUCAGAAAGUAUACAGGGCUGCCUGAGGAGACUCUAGACAAGAGAGAAGGAGCUCUAGAACUUGAAUUAGAAGAAAAGCAAAGAACGUGGUUAAAAAGCCAGGAUAUAUUUCUACAAAAUGGAAGAAACAAAAAGGAAAACUUUUCAGGGGGCUUCAGUGAUUCCAAUAUUCUAACUAAUGGGACAAAAUACUCAAAAGGCAUGGAAGAGGAAGAAAGAAAUUGUUUCCAGAAAACCAGUUGCUGUCCCGAGCAAAGGCAGAAAAUUCAAAUCUCAGUGAUACAGAAUGAGGGAGACACUUACGGGAAGAGACUUGAUUUCCAGGAAGGAGAGAUGAAAGGGAAGUCAAAUGUUUGGGCUCUCCAAAAGCAAACACAGGAAAAGAGCCAAGCAGGUGGUUCAGCAGAAGAGUGUGGGAAUCUCACAGUAAUAGUUGGAAGGAACCAAGGCUAUUUACCAAAGGAUGUCCAUAUACUUGAAGAAAAGGAAAAAUCUAAGGCAAAUGAAGAAAAACAAAUAGAAUUCCAAAAUAUUCAUGCCUGGGAAGAAAAAGAUAAGUUGUCUGGAGUGGAAAAGAAGAAAGGAAUAUCCCAUGAAGAAAUAGUAGAUUUAGGGAGUGAGAGUCAUGGCCAAUGUAUUCAGAAACGACCUGAAUUUGAAAACGAAAAGUUUUUCUCAGAGGAACUGAGAUGUUCUGAAUUCAGAACAAAAUCACCAUUGUUAGAUGAGUCUUGUGAGAAUGAAAUAUUGGCUACAGACAUAGAGAAUAGCAGCUAUUUUCUUAAAAUUAAUGAAUUAGAAAAGGAGAUAGUAAAUGUUUUCCAGGAAAUCUUUGUCUUGGAGGAAGAAAAUGAGAGUUAUCAACAAAAAAUGAAGCAAUUAGAAGAAGAGAAUUGGAGGUACUCCCAACAGUUGCAGUUUUUACAGGUGGAGGUAAAGGUGGAUGCUCAUACAGCCUCAGCAGAUGCAGAUGGUAAAACAGAUGUUGAUUCUUCACAACAAUUGGAAGGAGGGACUGAGUACGAUAUGAUUGAAAGUGUAAAACUUACAAAGGGCAUAGAUAUUAGAACAAUAUUCGUUCCAGGCAAGAAAAAUGAAAAUCAUUCUAAGAAAUUGCCUCAUUUGAAGGAAAUCAUCAUUCCAAAUUCUCAAUUGGCUAUUUGGGCCACUGAGUUGAACAGAUUUCCUCUAAAAACUGAAGCUCGAGAAAGCAUGAAGAAUAGGUUUUUUCAACUAAUUUCUGAUCUACAGAAAGAGCAAAAUCAAGUUUUCCUAGAAAUAACUAAAUUACACAGAACUCAAGAAAUGUGCAAUCAGAAGGCAUAUGCUUUAGAAGAAGAAAAAGAGAGAAAUCUGAAAAGAAUAGAUGAAUUUGAAAAAGAUAAACUCAAUUUGCUAGAAAGCAUAACUCAAUUAAGAAGUGAACAAGACAAAUACUUGCAGUUAAUUUCAGACCUUGAAGACUGCAAUGGGGAAAAUUACAAUGAAAUUUCUGACUUGCAGGAGGAAAAUAUUGCACUGAAGAAAAAAUUAGACAAUCUUCAGAAAACUAUGGUGGAUGACAUUCUGGAAGCCCAGGAAGUGACUAGGCAGGUUACACAAGAAAACCAAGAACUCAAGACCUUGAUAACUGAUCUCAGCUUUGGUUAUAAAGAUCUAGUCAAAGAUCUAUUGCCUGGAAUACAAGACAUGAUGAAAACCUUGAAGGAGGAAAAUGAACAGCUCCUCCACAAGAUACGUGUUAUGGAAGGGAAGGCUACAUGGGAAACAAAGGAUAUUGAAAAAAUAAGCAAAGAGAAUGAGCAACUAAAAGAGCAGAUCCAGGAGUUGUUGGACAAAACAAACAUGGUAGAUGAAGGAAUUCAGGUAACUGAUUUCUUAGGCCAACUAGCAAGAGAUGAAGGAUUGUCUUUGGAGGAAGCAUCGGUUUUUGCUAAAGGACAAAAGCAACAUCCCAUUUGCAGUGACAUGCAUCGACUCCAUGUGGACUAUAAGAGACUGAAUCCAUUUUUAAUGAAGGAGAAGCCUGAGGUUUCCACUGUCACUCAAGAUCCCUCUAAUGAGUGGGAAAAGAAAAAGGUAGAUUUUGACAAAAAGAAAAAGAGGAAGAGUUUGUUGGAAAUCCACAAAGCACAUGAAUCACUAGCUAAUUCUUCCCAGCUCCAAGAUAUUGAGCACAUCCCUGCAGAAGAAGAGCCCAAGAGCAGCAGUAAGCUUCUACACCACCAGGUAUUAACCCUGAAGUCCCAGCUCAGAGAUCAGACUGCCAUAUACAAUGAACUUCAGGCAUCUCAAAGUGAAACUCGGUACCUUCAGGGCCAGCUGAGAGAAAAGAUUGAAGAGCUCAAAAGGUGGAAAAACGAAGUGAACUUGGCUGUAAUACCUCUCAAGGCAAAAGUGGCUUCCCUGGUCCAGAAAUGCCGGGACAGAAACAACUUGGUCAUGCAGCUGGUGCAGGAACUGCACAGACAUGGAAUCGAGAACCUGCAGCUCUCACAGACGGCGAGGGCUUUGGUGGAUGACGUGGCUGUGGCCAGCUGUGCAGCUGCUUUCGUGUCUUCCGACCCCCGAGAGGCUUGUUACCAGUCAGACACCAAGCCCGAGAACACUGCCUUUGGAAACGAUCAAACCUGUCUCCUGAGCCCAGAUAUGAACAAUCACCUCAGUGGAUAUUUCAGUUCUAACACCUCUCCUGCUGCUGACUCUGAUCCAUCACUUAGGAAAACUCACACUGGGUCUCCAAAGUUGCUUUCUGGAGUGAUGGAUAAUCCCAGGACCUGCCAGAUUGGAGUGGAUGUGGGUGCAGGGCUGAUUUCUGAAAGCUCUCAGCAGGAAACACAAGAGACCUGCAGCCUCUCUACCCCUCCAGUCGGUGACUUUCCUCUGCCUUUGAAAGUAACGAGCCCAGAGAGGAUCCUAGCCUUGCAUUGGGAGCUAAGUCACAGCCGCGACAAUAAUUAUCAGAUUCUGCCUGCCCCUUCUGAGUCAGCCCUCAGUGGUUCCAGCACACAGCCCGCUCCAGUGGAACCAAGCCAGCCCACAGCACCCUGUUUCCCAGAACCUUUAGGUGGUAGCUCUUUCGAAGAACACCAAUGGCAAAAGCGAGCGUACAAAUGGAGUGACCCAUCAUGGAGUCAGACAGAAAAUCAGCAUUCAGAAACUGAGCGCUGGGGCCGCAGCCCCAGAAAUACCAUUAUGAAUAACGCAUGGACCUCUGGAGACCAGCCAGAUGGCUCACCCUCAAUGACUACAGCAGAAAACCAUUUGUCAAAUGGGUUGUCAGUGAGUAAUAAAGGUCUGGCUCCUUUGGGGGAAGACUCAGACGUGCUGGAGAGAGCGAGAUCCCUGACUAUAAAGCAAGAGGCGCCUGCUCCAGUUGGCUCUCUGUGCAUUAUUAAAAUAGUUGGUCAGAAGUGUUUGAUGAUUGGCUGGGAAAAACCACUGGUAGAUGAGUUGGGCCGUAGCAACGGGACUUUUGUUGCAGGAUACCGGAUUUACAUUGAUGGAGAGUUUCACAAGUACCUUGUAAGUUCAGCUUGGACAAAGACCCUGCUGGAGAACCUGGACCUCUCAGUUCCCUUUAGCAUCAGUGUGCAGACAGUGGGGACUGGUGGUUUAGUUUCAGAGAAGGUGCACAUUGAAUUUAAUCACCACGCAAACAAAGGCACUUCAUCAUCUGAAUGCACACUCUCCCCUGAUGAGCACGCCCGGGACGGCAGAUCUGCUGAGGAAAGAAGAUGGCACAUAAACAAAGCACAUAACCUUAGAGCUAUCGGCAUCCUCCCGGCAGAAGCCGCUGCCCCCAUGAGAAGAGAUUGGGAGCAGACAAAUGCUUUACGUUCUUCUCCAAAAGUCUUAGCCACAAAUCAUCCCAGUUGUCAUUGCUGCAGCCUUUUAUGUUUCAAUGCAUUUUCUGAGUUUUCACAGAAUUCCAACCAAAGGAAUAAGAAAGUUCAUGCUGGAUUUUUCCUUCCUUCCUUCCUUCUUCAAUCCCAUUGAUAAAGGUAAUACAACAGAAAGAAAACUAGAAAACCCAUCUCUGGCACCUGACAACUGUUAUCAUGGGCAAUGGGGAGCUACUUGGAAGAUCUAGAUUGGAAUCGUGAAUCUAUCAUUAAUUAGCCUGCUGACUGGGCAAAUCAUUUCAUCUCUCUGGGACUCAGUUUCCUUAUGUUUAAAAUAUGAUAAAUGGACUAGAUGACUUCUAAAGACCUUUUGAAGCCUCAUAUCAUCUCUUCUCCAUUCUAGAGUUCUGCUAGCUCUGACUGUCUAUGUUCUGUGGCCUAAUUCAGUCAGCCAGUGAGCAUUUAUUAAGGGCCUAAUGUUUACCAGGCAUUAUGCUACACUCAAGAGACACAAAGAAAAGCAAAACUGUUCCCUGUCCUCCAAAAACAUACGUAAUGGGGAAUGGAAGGGAGACAUUAAGUAAAUAGGCACAUAUAAUAUAUAUUAAAAGAAGAUGAAAGGAAAAAAAAAGGAAGGCAUUUGCAAGUUGGUGAACUGGCAAAAAUUUCUUUCAGAAAGGGGGACAUAUGGAAGGAAAAUGGAAGGAAGCCAUCGGUUUUAAGGACACUGCGGCUGCUAUGUCAGCUGUCUAUAAUCUCUCUCAAAUUAUAAUAUGCUUACUACAGCAGAGUCAUACAAAGAAUUGGACUCAUUACCAGGUAUUAUAAUUUUAUAAUUAACUGCAUUGUUUUUCAUUAUUAAAAAUUAAUUUACUUGACUUAGAAAUUAUUGGAGGAUGCCAAUGUUGAAUCUAGGUUUAGUCAAGAAUCAGAAUGAAAAUGGAUGGGGGUAUGUGGGAAGCAACUAUUCAGACAUUUCCUAAAUGAAUCAAUCUCUCUCUCUCUCUCUCUCUCUC